ACGACGACCAACGUCAUGAGGGACAACGGGGAGAAACGGAUGAGGCUGGCUCCUUGCACGGUCCGUAUCAAUUGACAUCUCACAGGUAUAAAUGCAACCAAGAUACCUGGUACAAGUAGGUGGAAGAAUACAUUUGAGCACACUACGUCGCGAAGUCGCAACCUCUAAUUCCUAGCGCACUCGAACUUCAAAUCCACAUCGAUACUUCCAACAAGAUGGCACCUCAAUUGGCUUGGCUAGGCUUGGGGAAUAUGGGCAGGGGCAUGUGCAAGAACUUGGUAGAGAAAGGCAACCUAUCCAACCCGCUGAUCAUCUUCAAUCGCACCCCGCAACGAGCCCAUGACCUCGCCGCAAAGAUAGGCCACGCGACUGUGGCUUCCUCCGUGCAAGAAGCCGCCUCGAAAGCAGACAUUAUAUUCUAUUGUCUCGGCGACGACCCAGCCGUGCUUUCGACCCUCGAAGAGGUCCUCAAAACCGAUGUCAAGGGCAAGCUGAUCGUGGAUUGCAGCACGGUCCACCCUGAGACCACGGCCAAGGAAGCAAAGAUGGUAGAAGAAAAGGGAGCCAGCUUCGUGGCGUGCCCGGUCUUUGGAGCACCGGCCAUGGCCGAUGCCGGCCAACUGAUAUGUGUCGUGGCGGGUCAACCUGACGCCGUGCAAAAAGUGCUCCCAUACUGCAAGGGCGUGAUGGGCCGGGCCAAUGUUGAUUUCUCGGGUCAAGAGCCGAGCAAGGCCACACUCCUGAAGAUCAUCGGCAACACCUUUGUCUUGGGCAUGGUCAACGCCCUGUCCGAGGGGCACGUCCUGGCCGAAAAUUCCGGACUUGGGGUGGACGAGCUCCACAAAUUCAUCGAAGUCAUGUUCCCGGGACCAUACACGGCCUACUCGAGCAGGAUGAGAUCCGGUGACUAUUACACGCGGGCGGAACCGCUGUUCGCGGUGGACCUGGCACGAAAAGACGCAAGACACGCCAUGGAUUUGGCCAAGAAGAGCGGGUGCCGGAUGCGACAAGUCGAAGUCGGGGACGACUAUUUGAAGACUGUCAAGGAGACGGUGGGUGAGAAGGGCGACAUAGCCGGUAUUUACGGUGCCGCAAGACUGCAAGGGGGGCUGAAAUUUGGGAAUCAAGAGUAGUUCGAUGUUCUCGGAAGUGGUGCUGAGGUUGAAGCAGUCGGUGAGAGAGUGCAGGAUUAAUGAGCCAGGCUUAGAGAAAAGAUGCACCGAUAUGUGUGUAUCUAUAUGUACCAGGGAGGUCUAUAGCCAGCUGGCUAUGAAGCGAAGUGGCUCCUUGGGCAGACGAAUGCCAGAUGUAAGAGAUUGGGCAGUCUUGAUACACACUGUCCUGCAAAGUACGAAAAGUCAUGCAACCACAUCUCAACAGGUGCAUUGUGCAUCGCAUCACAGCGUAUUACAGCACGUCGACAGGUUUCACAACAUCGACUCUGCGUGAGUUUUGCGCAACGGGAUUGUGCAGUCUGCAGACAGCCCUCUCCCUACCUCUGCCGUCACUAUUGGUACUACUACUCCUGGUUACUGGUCACUAUCUAUUUAGGAUAUUAGGAUAUCGU